AUGCCUGCGGAACGUCGAGCCGUCCCGUCGUUCAGGCCAGUCAAGACUGAGCGCACGCACGAGGAGAACCAGGAGCGUGCAUACAUUGCCGCAUCGCGACGCAGCGACCGUAGUCUCGAGGCUCGCAUUGAGUCUGCCCGCAGAGCGUCUGAGAUCCACAAGAAGCGAACUGGUCGCGCCCUGCGUGUUACCGAGCAGGAUGUCAUCAACGAAGAAAUGUAUGAGGAAGAAGAUGACGACUUGCCCACUCAAUACCAGCGACUGAACGCCCACCUGCAUACCACGUCGGUCAUGUUCAACAAGAAGCUCCACGACUACAUCGCCACCCAGCAUGGUGUAAGGAACAUGUUCAUGUCACAGUACCAGAACCCUUCCUUCCAGUCCCAGCCAUACAACAACCAAUACGCAGCCAACUCUAGCUCAUACCCACAAGGCAACAAUUGGUUGAGCCCGUCCAUGCUUCCUCCUCAGCAAUUCAACUCCGCCAUACCACAAGGCUUCAGCCAACACGUCCAGCCUCAACCUUCCAGCCCUAGUAUUGCCCAACCACACGGCUUUCGGCAGUCACCUUACCACAUCCCCCAACGGUCACCGCACCAGCGGUCCGCUUCCAUCCAGUUCCCUCAUGCGAUGCCUAGCUACGAGCCAUCCACGUCGCAGGCCACGAACGGUACAAGCACAUCUCAGGCUGAUCAGAUAAGGAGGAUGUCUUUCCCGCCACAGGCUUUUGAACGUUCACGUCAACGACCAACACCAUCGCGAACGACUACCUCCCAGUCGACACAGCAGCCCUCGUCGCCACAAACUGUAACAUCUGGUGCGUCGCCAAGUUCUGGUCGAGCUACCCCUCAACACCAGAGUGAUGUCGACACGCCAGCAUCGCUUGCAUUCAGUCCAUCCAGCUAUGUCAUGCACCCACAAAUGCUAGGCACAAACCCUCUCUCACUGUCUUUGCCUCCUGAGUCACAGCAACUCAUUGGCUCGGCAUUGGAUCCUCAUGACCCACGUACCGCCUUAUUCAUGGCAGGCAGUGACAAUCUCCCUCAACCGUUCGCUCCCACAUAUACCUACAACCCAAAUCAUUCGCCUAAACAUACAAAGACAGUCGAUUCGGGUUGCGCCACUCCCACAAAUGGCAUCAAGUCUGAGCAUCCUGUGGCCAUGCCGUCCACAACUACACCAAUUUCGGAUGGCUUUUUCUCCAAUGAGGCAUUCCUCACACCUGGGAAUUGUGAUUACAACGGCUUCUUUGACUUCCAUGGGGACUACGCAUCGCACGUCGAUGAGCAUGGCGCAAAUGACCAGCUAGACGGUAACAACUUCGUCAACUGGGAUUAG